ACUGACGACUGACCAGCAGCUUCCCUUGUCAAUCCAUGGAGCUUCUCAUAUCUGCAGUUACAGGUGAACUUGUGAGCCGUUUCAUCUCUUUCCUGGUGAAUAAGUACCAAUCCUCCUUGAGCCAUGCACAAUCAGAGGAGGAGAAGGUGGUGUUGGAGAGGUUGCAGCAUCUCCUGAUGAGAGCUGGCACCAUCGUUGAGGAGGCGGACACGCGAUACAUAACCAACUCCAGGAUGAUGGUGCAGCUCAAGACGCUCUCGGAGGCCAUGUACAGAGGAUAUUGCAUGCUGGACACCUCGAGGUACCGAGCCCUCCAAGACGGUGCAGGCUUCGACGAGGUCAGCAGCAAUACUAAAUCAUGUAGCAGCAGCUUGUAUUUGCCCAAGCGUUCUCGAACAAUAACUGAUAAGGCCACACGCCUCGAGUCACAUGGUGCCUUGGAAAGCUUAGAAAUUGCUGUUGCUAAUAUGGCAGAAUUUGUUGUGCUUUUGGGUGGAUGUGAGCGCAUGUCUCGUAGGCCCUAUGACAUAUAUGUUUGCGGAUGCAUUGAGAAGGAACCUCGAUGUUCAGUUUUGGAGUUCCAUAUUGGACAAAAAGAUAAGAAUGGCUAA